AUGUCCUUUGUCCUCAUGCCCUUGCUCAUGUUAACCGUGGGUCGGAUGAACUUAUUGGUUUGGAUGACCCGUUGGUCCUACGAUUCGUGGAAUAUAUUUCAUCGCUGGAUAGGAAGACUCGCACUUAUAUUCGCGAUCGUCCACACAGUCCUCUAUAUCGUAUAUGCGCAUCUCGUCGGAAGGCUAUGGGUGAAUUUCUCAAAGCUAUAUUGGAAUUGUGGCUUUGUCGCUCUCGCACUGUAUCUCGUCCUGUCAUCCUUUCCUUCUGCAAGGUUUAUCCGCCGUAUGUCCUACGAAGUUUUUUUGGCGGGCCACGUAUUGUCCACAGUCGUAUGUCUGGUCGUUCUUUUCUACCACACGCUCUGGCGAUACGCCAAUGAAUGGCUGUACAUCACCAUCAUCUACUGGGCCAUCGAUCGACUCUCUCGUGCAUUCAAGGCUACUAGUUUACUUCCCCUCUCCGGAACUCUAACGGAUUAUGGAACGGUCAUGAGACUUGACGUCUGCAUUUCCAAGGAUGUCAGAAUUCGCCCAGGACAAUUCGCGCACCUUCGCUUCCCAGAAGUAAGGUACAUGGAAAGUCAUCCCUUUUCAAUCGCGGCAAGUGAUCAUUAUGAUAGCGUCGAAGGAAAAUUCUCUGUUUGUAAGCAGGGAAGCAGGGCUCGUGAUACGGAAAGCAGUCCCCUUAUUCCGUCGACAGAGCGGAAUGAGUGCUCGACGCACAAGGCUGUUUCAUUUAUCAUUCGGCCUUAUGAUGGAAUGACUCGGUCCCUGUACGAACGCUUCGAGGCCAAGGCGAACGUCGAUAGAUCGAUUCCUAUAAAGGUUUACAUGGAAGGUCCAUAUGGACACGAGCACGACCUGAGGGAAUAUACUUCUGUUUUGUUGUUAGCAGGCGGUGUUGGGAUCAGCUUCACGCUUCCUUACCUCUUAAAUUGGUCUGCCGUUCUCUCAUCGCAAGAACACAAGCCAAGACUACGAGCGGUAUGGAUAGUCAGAUCUUUGAUGGAAGUGGAUAGUGUUUUGAAUCUUUUGGAUGGUAUUGAUGGCGAGGUUCAAGAAUCAAUCGAGAUAUGGUACACGGGUCAUGAGGGAAAUUUGCAAAGCCAUGCGGAAGCCUGCGCAACUCCGACUUUGUGGACACCGUGGAUACCUAGAGUAUUCUUUGGGCGACCACACAUGGAGGAGCUCAUCUUUCAAGCACUGCCAGACGUUGAGAUCGAAAUGACGUCUUCAUCUCUGGGUGUUUUAGCGUGUGGUCCAGGAGGCAUGUUGGAUGACUGUAGAUUCGUAGUGGAGCGGAUGGUGUUGUCUGCCACGGCCCGUAUUCAUUACGUAGAAGAGGCGUCGACAACAUAG